CCUCAAACAAAGUAUACUCCAUAAUUCAUUAUUAUUCAAUUUGAAAUUCCCCUCGGGAUUGCUGAUAGAAGACAAACUAUUCUUUACUCAAUCCCUAAUUAUAUUCCUACUCUUCCAACCCACACUGCCGUAUUCUGGGAUACGCAAUCGCCGCGUUGAAAACACCCACCGUCCAAACAAGCGCAAGAAAUCAGACUGCAUUAAAAGCACCAGAAGGGGGGGGGAAAAAAGAGGCAAUCACACAUCCAUAAUGUCCGCUCAAGAUCCUAGCCCUCUCCCGCCAACAACUAUCAUCUCCUCCAAACCUAUUUCACAAUCCAUUGCACACGAUUUCCUCGCAGCCUACCUCGACCGCGCCACCACAGACCCCGCGCUCCAACCUAACGCCGGAAUUAGCGAGCAUGGCCCCGUCUCACGAACUACAGCUGCAGCGCCGAAUCUCAUCUUGCACAAUCUGAAGCGUGUGCAGGCUGGUCUGGCAGGGGAGGUCCUAGGUCGGGAUUUGGCACUCGCAAAGCUCAAGGAAGGCCUUGAUGCCCAGCAGCAAUCGAAGGAUGCAACUGCGGGGGAGACUGGGCAAGAUGGCUGGGAGGAUGCGAAGCAGUUUGAACAAGGUGUGGAUACGGAGGGCGUUGCUGGGUCUCAGGAGCUGAUGGAUGUGGACAAGGUUGAUGCGGACGCUUCUGGGCGUGUGGAUAAAGAGGAGAGGAAAAGGAAGAAAAAGGAGCGCAGACAGGCUGAGAAGAGAGCGAAGGCACAGGUCUCGGAAGAAUGAACGGGGAUUUGGCUCUUGAGGUGUUAAUGUUAUCGUUCAGGGGUCUUUUCUUUCUGGGAUCUAGGAAACGAGAAAGCAUACAGGCGCAAAUGGUUGAUGGGUUUAUUUCAUUACUCUUAAUGAUAUCUCUUUUUUAUCUUUUAUUCUUGAACAAG